AUGUUCAAGGGACUUGUUAAAGUUGUUGUUCCAAGUGCUAAGCAUUUGCUUACCUCGCAGGAGCUUUGGGCUAGAUCUCACUUACCCUCUCUUACUCUUGCACCUCUUCUUGUUGCUCUUAAAUCCUUUCUCUCUUUUUUACUUUCUCUGAAGAUUUUAAUUUCCCUCUCACUCUUUCCCUCUCUCUCUUCUUCUUCUCAAAUUCUUUCUCUCUUUGUUUUACCAUCUCUCUCUCACCUUUUCUCUGGAGAUUUUCAUUUCCUUUCAUUCCCUCUCUCUCUUCCUCUCAAAUCUUUUCUCUCUUUUCUUUUUACCUUCUUUCUUGCCUUUUCUCUGAAGAUUUUCGUUUCCUUUCAUUCUCUCUCCCCUCUUCCUUUCAAAUCCUCUCUCUCUCUUUUUUUUACCUUCUCUCUCACUUUUUCUCUGGAGAUUUUAAUUUCCCUCAACUUCCUCUCUCUAUCUCUCUUUUUCUGUUCACAUCUAUCUAUCUAUCUAUCUAUCUAUCUAUCUAUCUAUCUAUCACAGUAUGCUGAUAUCUAUCUAUCUAUCUAUCUAUCUAUCUAUCUAUCUAUCUAUCUAUCUAUCUAUCUAUCAAAACCAUUACAUUCACUUAUGUGCUAA